AUGUCCACCUACGAGUCUCAACACAUCACUGAUAGGGAGGUAGAAAGGGCGACACAACUCCAGGAGUGUCUCGACAACGAUCCAGAUGACUAUCCGGAGGGUGGCUGGCGUGCCUGGAGUGUUGUUCUGGGUGCGUGGUGUGGGAUGCUUCCGUCAUUUGGUCUAAUGAACACCAUGGGCAUUUUUGAGGACUGGCUCAGCAGUCAUCAGCUGCAGGCGUACUCGCGGUCCGAAGUUGGCUGGAUCUCCAGUCUUUACGUGUCGUUGCUCUUUUUGGGAAGCGUUCAGUCCGAAUAUUACCAAUUCAUGUUGGGAGUCGGUGUCCUGGGUGGCAUAGCCGCCUCGAUGCUUGUUACGCCGAGCUUGGGAUGCAUGAACCAUUGGUUCCUCCGGCGUAGGGCCUUCGCGACCGGCAUUGGAACUACAGCCGGAGGCAUAGGUGGGGUGAUAUUUCCUAUCAUGAUCAAAGGUCUUACCGGGAAAGUUGGGUUCGCUUGGGCCGUCCGGAUCCUAGGCUUCCUUUCCCUAAUCCUAUGCAUCCUCGCAGUUUCGCUGCAGAAGACCCGGUUACCCCGACAUCCAAAACGAGUUCAGACCAUUGAAAUCCGAGCCUUGCGCGACCCCUCGUUUACCUUAACAUCGUUGGGGAUCGUCUUGACGGAUAGCAGCGCGGCGAUUCCACUGGUAUACUUGACCUCGUAUGCGCGAGCGAAUGAGAUGGAUCUCUCGCUGGCCUACCAACUAAUGUCGAUCCUCAAUGGACUAUCCGUCCUUGGACGGCUGGCACCGGGGUACGCCGCAGACAAAUUGGGGCGUUUCAAUAUCAUGAUUCUAACAACUGCAAUGUCCACUGUGUUGACCCUGGGGCUCUGGGUGUCCUGCGCCCAGAGUCAAGCUGCAAUUGUGAGCUACGCUGCUCUCUUUGGGCUCUCCAGUGGUUCGGCGAUCAGCCUGACUCCCGUAUGCGUAGCGCAGAUCACGCGGACGGAGGAUUUUGGGAAACGAUUUGGAACCACAUACACCAUGGUCGGUCUGGGGGUGCUAGUUAGCAUUCCCAUUGCUGGGCGGCUGGUGGAGGUUCAACCAUCGGACGGGGUGGGAGGAUACCGGGCUCUGAUAUUGUUCUGUGGGUUGAUGCAAGCCGUUGCAUUCCUCUGUUUUGUCCUAGCGCGAGGCCUGCGCACCCAGUGGCGGGUGAGAGUAGUUUACUAG